AUGUUUGUUAGAAUUUGCACCACAAUAAUUAAUUACAUCAACUCCCAGCUUCGAAAAUGUCCUUCCUACGCAACAUUCGCAACAAUUUGACCAACAGUGGUUACACCGGCAGUAACCGAACAGCCAAACCAACCAAACCGGCCCGAAGUAUCAUCAGCGAGCGGAACACGACCGGACGCAAUGGAAACGACUCCGAACGGGAACGAUACGACAGCGAAACCUACGGUACAGCUCGAAGAGAUGGCGCUGGCGGUCCUGGCCGACGGGGUAGCAAUUCGGCUACUCUGAAGCGGGAGUCCAAAUAUGGGAAGGAAUCCCCAGCGCCAAUAAUCGUCUACGUGGAUAAGUACGAAACGGCCCCCAGUAAACCGACGACGGGGAUAUUGCGCAAGAAUACGUUUACCAAGGGUGAUCAUGAGGAUAGUCGACGAUCUGCAAAGGCGAUCAGUCGGAGCGAUACGUUUACUGUCAACGAGUCGGACGAUGAAAAGACCAGAACGAGUACUUAUACGAAGAAAAAGAACAAAGAUAAAUCUCAGGAAAACGUUUCUGAUCCACGUAACACCAAGAGCACUCCAGAAGACAACGUUCCAGUUGUGGUCAAUACCCGAACUUUUCGUAAGAAAUCUUUGAAAUCAUCGAAACCAGUGCAAAAAGUCGAAAGCUUCAUCAAGAGAUUUGAAAAGACUCUGUUUAAACAUGACUCCAAGAAGAACGCCCGAAAUGAUUCGAAUUCCUCGGAUGGAACUUAUGUUCCCCAAUUCCGAGAUAUUGGCAUCAACUGCAAGUUAGAUGAUGAAGAUAAACUUAAGACUUCUAGGAAGAAAAGAACUGAAUCGAGAAACUCGCUAAUGGAAACAACGAAUCCAGAACACAGUUCAUCCUCCCAUAGAAGUUACAGGGAACGGAGCUCAACUCCUCAAAGUAUAAAUCGGGCAAGAAGUGUGUCUCCUACGAAAAGAUAUUCUACUUAUGACCGCAAGCAAUCGCGGCCGAGUCGGGACGAACAAGAGAAAACCCACAAAACUCAUGAUCGUAGUUCUUCCCCAUUUGAAACGUUGGAACUCAAGUCAAAGUCUGCGGGUAGCAGCCAUCUAAAAGCUCGACAGAAAGAGAUCGAAAUGGGCUACAGUACAAUCAACAAGAAAGUUCAAAGCCGAAGUCCAGAUCGGAACAAAUCCAUUCUUGUAAAUACCAACCGUACCGAGCGGUAUGACCCGGAUCGUGGUCGCAGCUACACGGUUACCACAAGCACCCAUCGGGUAGAAUUCGAUCGUCCUUCUCAGUUCCGCUCCGACACCUAUAACACUCUCAAAGAGGAGUACGAACAAGCGAACCGCAAACCCGUCGGCAUAGCUAGCCCACGUCUAAGCUCAGACCGUCCAGCUCGGCUGGAACCACCCCAGUCUCCGUCCAAGCCAGCCCGCAGGGAUUCCGCUGAACUUCCGAAGUACACCUUCGGGACCAAUCUGCAAGAGCGGCGUAGUCGCUUCCAACAGUUUCAAAAGUCUUUCAAAAAGAUGGACGACAACAGCAGCGAGGUGACUGUCCAGCAGAGUUUCUUCGUUCCAAUUUGAAGGGUUUAUUCGGACUGCUACCUAAUCCCAGUGCAAAAGACUACAACUACCAAGACUUUAAACUAAUUCAAACGCUUUCUUUCUGAAGAAUCCGACUCCUUACUAAUUAGGACUAUACCGCCUAUUCAAAAAGGAAUAAAGUUCCAUCAGACAUUC